AUGGCUACUAGUACCUACAUGUUGUACUCAGUUCAGGCGAUAAUGCCCCCCGUCCCCUCCUCUCUCUAUUACUCCGGUGGAAAGCGUUCGAUACAGGUUCAGGCGGGAGGGCAAAAAACGGGGAUUUUUUCGAAAAACCCAACCCAACCUGGCUACUAUCUUGUAACCUCGAUACCAGAGGGCGCCAAAUUCAUCAACGUAACGGAAUUGUCUCGCACAAGGAAUUUUUUAGCCGUGAGAUUACAAAACGGCACUUACCUGUUCAACGAGGAUUACAACAUCGUCUCGUCGGGCAAGUACAGGGGUGCCGGAACGACUUUCGUCUACAUCCGCCGUAACGAUUACACCCCGGAAACUUUUUACGCCCCUGGCCCUCUGAGCUCGGCUGUCGACGUCACGCUGAUAUACCAACAUGGCGAGCCAGAAGUUUUUUACCAAUACGAGCUGCCCGACCAUCUCACAACGAUAUCAACUGUACCUCCAAAAGUCGUUACCAAACCUUCCGAUCUUGAAGUCUUGCCAACGCCACACUUGGAAAGUGCAAUAUCCGAAAACAUAAUGAUGAGGGACGAAACGAGAUCGUCGACGCCGAUGCCGACGAAGAAACGCAGACGGCGAAAAAAGUACAUGUGGACGUCCACUGGUUUCGCAAACUGCAGCAAGCCCUGUGGUGGUGGUUUUCAGUCGAAAAAGUACAUUUGCAUGACGCAACGUACUCGAAAGCACGUGGCCAGCAAGAAGUGCGAGUCAUUGGAAAAACCGAGAUCAGAGCCCGUGGGAUGCAACAACAACCCUUGCGAGCCUCAAUGGGAAGGCACCCCUUGGAGCAAGUGCUCGGUAACGUGCGGCAACGGAACGCGUACGCGCCAACUGUACUGCAUCAAAAAGAUGGUGGACAGCUUGAAGAUCCGCCUCGACGAUCGCAACUGUGCCUCGCAGUCCACGGAUGGAAUAGCCCUCGUGGAAGCCUGCCACAUGCCCGACUGCGACAUGUACUCGACGGCCAAGCCCAGCCCGGCUUCCAAGCAACAAACAUUGGGCCCUUCGCCACGCUGGAAAAUUCAAAAGUGGUCACCGUGCUCUGUGACUUGCGGCAAUGGCACGAGGACGAGACUCGUCACCUGCAUCAAUGCGUUGGGAAAGGGUUGUAACGCGGAGGACAAACCAGCCACCGAGGAAGCUUGCAGUAUGGGCAACUGCAAGGCCACGUCGGUCGUUGGCAACGAGAUUCCCGAGGCCCUCACUCACAUGUCGUGGCUGUACAGCGCGUGGCCUGACGAGGUUGAUACAAUAAAGUUCAAUAAAGUUGGCAAAACGUCGGAAAAAGCUUAUGAUUUUUGUAAGUCAAAAGAUCUUUUACUUCGUAAGGUAUACUAUAAAAAUGGCAACACGCCACCUUUGUCCACUAUAAUAUGCAAAUUGAGGGCUGCAAUGUGUUCAGCCGAAUGUGGUUCGGGUAUGAUGUCGCGAAGGCUCUAUUGCGAGAAUUUCACGAAAAACGACACCUGCACCGAGGACAAAAUGCCG